GCCAAAGUCAAGCAACCGUUGAAACUUGAAAGCGUGGAAAGAAUUUAGGAGCCACCGUAAUGUGGAAACAUAAAUGUUUCAUCACCAAAAAAAUAUGGCGUCAUUAUUUGAGAUUAUGAUGUCAGGUGGUCACCUCACUCUUCCUAUAUAUACACAUAUCUACCAAAAAGCACUUCACCUCAAAAACACUUGAUAAUGCUUGAUAUGGAGAGUAACUAUGACGCUUCUGCCGCUAUCAUCUCUGCUUCUCCAACCUCCUCUCCCCCACCACAGCUUUCACCACGUAUGGUGCUUAGCCCAUGCGCCGCUUGCAAAAUUUUGAGGCGGCGUUGCGGAGAGAAAUGCGUUUUGGCACCUUACUUCCCUCCAACUGAGCCAGCCAAGUUCACCAUUGCCCACCGUGUGUUUGGAGCCAGCAACAUCAUUAAGCUCUUGCAGGAACUUCCUGAAUCACAAAGAACUGAUGCGGUGAACAGUAUGGUGUAUGAAGCCGGAGCUAGAAUUAGGGACCCGAUCUAUGGAUGUGCCGGUGCCAUAUACAAUUUACAAAGACAAGUGAGUGAGCUCCAAGCACAGCUAGCAAAAGCUCAAGUGGAGAUAGUGAGUAUGCAGUUUCAAAGAUCAAAUCUACUAGAAUUGAUUCACAACAUGGACCAACCAAACCAAGAGAAACAUAACAUGUCCUUUGAGAGUUCCUUUGGAAAGUGUGAUGAAUUCAUUAGUAGCCCCGACGAAGUGAGCAAUGGAUUUGGAUUCCUUGAAGACAACAAGUACUCCAACACCAAUUCAUCAACGUUGUGGUGUGAUCCUAUUUGGAUAUGAUAUUAACUAUUAGUAUUAUGAUUUUGACUAUACUUCACUUUUUAAAGCCCUUUAGUUAAGUUACUCAGGGUUGGUUAGCAAACUUAGCAUACACAUGUUAGAGCCAUUAUUAAUAUAAUAAUUUAUCGGAAAUUUUAA